GCAUUCGCCAAUUUGUUUUUCGUCUUCUCUCAAGUCUCCACCACGCCACUGUAAGUUGAUACUGUUUCUUUCAAAUUUUUACAGAAAAUUCUCAAUUCUUUUCUUUUUUUUUGUGUCUUGUCGCUGCUUUCAUUAUUAUAUAUAUUAUAGGGUUAACCGUUGAUACUCUAUAGUUCGUCGGCGACGGCUUACCAUUUUCUUUUUCGCCAUAAGCCCUAGGUUAGGAAUGGCGCAUCUGGGGGGUGGUGCAGAGGCACUCACCCGUUUCAAGCAUGGGAAGGCCAUAUGUUCUGAGUUUGCUAUAUUGAUGAACCUUCAGAAAGUUCCCAAGAGUAUUAUGCGUGUAGUUUAUAUUGCUCCUCUGGAAGGUAUUGCCAAAGAGAUAUAUCGUGAUUGGGUGAAGAAGUUCGACGGAGGUCUGGGUUUGCAAGCGCUUGAAUUAACUGGUGAAACCACAAUGGAUCUGAAGCUGCUUGAGAAUGGUCUGUGUUUUGAGCAAUUCGCUGUGCUGGGGAGUGCCAUCGUCCACACACUUGGUGGUUGUAAUAGAACUCAGUACUAUGGUGGAAGGGAAAAUGCUCGCACUGAUUACUUUGUCACAGAUCUGUUGUAGAUGAUAGGUCAUACCAGUUGUUCUCUACUGGAUAAUUCUGGGAAAUGUGUCAUCCUCUGCCACACCCCUUAUGAAGAGUACUACAAGAGGUUCUAACAUGAAGCUUUUCCCAUGGAAAGUCAUUUGCACCAUUUCUUAUGUGAUAACUUUAAUGCAGAAGUUGUUGUUGGAGUUAUUGAGAGCAAGCAAGAUGCUGUGGAUUAUCUUACAUAGACCUUCAUGUAUGGGAGGCUCACUCAAAAUCUAAACUACUACAAUCUCCAGGGAGUAAGUCAUAGGC